AUGGGCGCCGCGGCCGCUGAGGCGCCGCUCCGGCUGCCUGCCGCGCCCCCGCUUGCCUUCUGCUGCUACACGUCGGUGCUGCUGCUCUUUGCCUUCUCUCUGCCCGGGAGCCGCGCGUCCAACCAGCCCCCAGGUGGCGGCGGCGGCGGCGGCGGGGACUGUCCCGGCGGCAAAGGCAAGAGCAUCAACUGCUCAGAAUUAAAUGUGAGGGAGUCUGACGUAAAAGUUUGUGAUGAAUCAUCAUGUAAAUAUGGAGGUGUCUGUAAAGAAGAUGGAGAUGGUUUGAAAUGUGCAUGCCAGUUUCAGCCAGAUAAUGGAUCUGGAUCUGGAGAAGGAGAAGAGGAAGGGUCAGGGGCAGAAGUUCACAGAAAACACUCCAAGUGUGGACCUUGCAAAUAUAAAGCUGAGUGUGACGAAGAUGCGGAAAAUGUUGGGUGUGUAUGUAAUAUAGAUUGCAGUGGAUACAGUUUUAAUCCUGUGUGUGCUUCUGAUGGGAGUUCAUAUAACAAUCCAUGUUUUGUUCGAGAAGCAUCUUGUAUAAAGCAAGAACAAAUAGAUAUAAGGCAUCUUGGCCACUGCACAGAUACUGAUGACACAAGUUUGCUGGGAAAGAAAGAUGAUGGACUACAGUAUCGACCUGAUGUGAAAGAUGCUAGCGAUCAAAGAGAAGAUGUUUAUAUUGGAAACCACAUGCCUUGCCCUGAAAACCUCAAUGGUUACUGCAUCCAUGGAAAGUGUGAAUUCAUCUAUUCUACUCAGAAGGCUUCUUGUAGAUGUGAAUCUGGUUACACUGGACAGCACUGUGAAAAGACGGACUUUAGUAUUCUCUACGUAGUGCCAAGUAGGCAAAAGCUCACUCAUGUUCUUAUUGCAGCAAUUAUUGGAGCUGUACAGAUCGCCAUUAUAGUAGCAAUUGUCAUGUGCAUAACAAGAAAAUGCCCCAAAAACAAUAGAGGACGUCGACAGAAGCAAAACCUAGGUCAUUUUACUUCAGAUACGUCAUCCCGGAUGGUUUAAACUGAUGACUUUUAUAUGUACACUGACCAUGUGAUGUACAUUUAUUAUGUCUUUUUUUAAAGAAUGGAAAUAUUUAUUUCAGAGGCCUUAUUUUUGGACAUUUUUAGUGUAGUACUGUUGGCUCGUAUUUAGAAUAUUCAGCUACAACAGUUUUGGACUGUUGAGUAGUUUUGUUUUAUGUUUUUAAAUACAGAAAUUGAUUUCACAAAUUUGUACCACAUGGUAAUUCUAAGACUUGUUCUUUACCCAUGGAAUGUAAUAUUUUUGCAAAGAUGGACCACUUCACAAAUGGUUAUAAAGUCAUACCCACUUCUUCCACAAUUACCACAGCAAAUGACCAAGCAUGAACUAAAGGUAAAGAUGUUUACAGAUUACUUUUCUUACAAAAAAAAAAAAAAAAACUAGAAGCCACUGUGUUUAAAUAGAUAUUUAAAUGUUUUUGAGAUUUAGUAACUGAUUUUUUUAGACACUGCCUAUCGCAUGAACUAUAAAGCUGUGUGUGUUAGAUGUAAAAUAUUUAUAAAAUGUAUGGAUUGGAAUUUGAUUAUUCCUCUCUUUGACAAAACGUUCUAAUAAUUUGAAAAUGUAUCUGGUAGUAAUGAUGGAACAAAUCCCUGAAAAGUAGAUUUAGUUAGUGUGAAAAUAGGCUGUUUAAUAAACAGAUUGGAAUAAAGCCUACUCUUUAUCAGUUAAACGACUUUAAUACACAUUCAUUUUUAAAGAAAAUAUUUGUUUUAACAUAAAUAAACAAAUUAUGACAGUGUUUGUGAAUAAAAUGCUGAAAUAAUUGUUAAUGAUUGGUGCUCUUAAAGCAAGCUUAAAAAUAAUCUAAGACCUCCAUCCAAAUUUGUCCCGUAGUAAUAGCUGUAUUAAUAGAUUGUUGGUGUUUAAAGAUCUGAAGUGUGAGUAGAAUGUAUUCAACUGUUUAACAUGUAGUUUAGAUAUCCAAAAGUAUGCAUGUAGAAUUUAAAGAAUAUGUUAAAAAUUAAAUAUUAAUUUUAAUAUUUGGUUUGGAAAAGCAUGUUAUAAUAUAAUGUUUUCACUA